CCACCAUACCGGACACACGUGAGCUUCAAUGUCAUGUCGUUUUGUAAUGCUAACAAGUUUGUGGUCAGUACAUGACAACAAAAUCAUAUGAAAUAUGUCGAAUUUAACGUCUAGAUUAUCCAGGCUGACACGAUGUGCAAAUCAACACAUUCUGACUUCCUUGAACAUGGUCAGAGCGACAGUUGUAAGUACAGAGUCUCGAAGACCCAUAUGUUCCACUGCGAUACGACAGCAGGAGUCGGCCGAGGAGGCUACAUUUACCCCCAAACCAAGCUCCAGAGAGUUCAGUAUGUAUCCACCUAUGCCGGAGGAGGACAGUCCUUUGACAUGGGGUGGAAUGAAAUUUGCGGAUUUACCAAUUGCUCACAUCAAAGCCACAUAUAACAACACACACAUACAAGUUACAGACUUCAGUGGACAGUACGUGGCUAGAACCUCCUGUGGAGCAGAGGGAUUCCGGAAUGUGAAGAAGUCAACACCCAUUGCCGCUCAGACAGCAGGAAUCUCUGCUGCAUCAAAGGCACAGGCGAAGGGGGUGACGUUCGUGCGGGUGGUGGUGAAAGGCCUGGGCCCCGGGCGUUUGUCUGCCAUCAAGGGCUUGACCAUGGGGGGUCUUGAGGUGGUGUCCAUCACAGACAACACCCCAGUGCCCCAUAACGGGUGCCGCCCUCGCAAAGCUCGCAGGAUGUGAGGCAGCUCGGACGCACAGAGCCACCAAGUCCUGCCGGUUGUUAGGAGUCACUAUGCCACGUAACCCAACCCGUCACGCCACCUGGGGGGGGGGGCGGGGUUGAAAGCUGACUACGACAGCAAGCCGCGUUCAGAAGAUGACUCCCGCUUGUGCAGUUACAUUCACUGUUUUGAUUGUGUAAAAAUGUUCAUUAAAAAACACGUUCCAGUGUACAAUCCACUA